CUCUUAUAAGUAUAGUAAAAGGAAAGGCUUGGUAUAGAAAAUGAGAGAUAGAAUGGAGAGACUUGUGGUGCUUCCUUUCUCCGUCGGAUGUAUCUCGGACUCAAGUGUAGACGUUUUAUCUCCUCUCUCUAAGCAUCAUCAUCAUCACCACCACCAUUCUCCUCAAGGGAUUCGUGACCAAGAGGAGGAAGAAAACAUGAAGAAUGUAUUCAAGUUCCUAGCGGUAUCUAAACCGGAGAUUUCUACCGGUAUAAACCGGCUUUUCAAGAGCUUCAAGACCAUUUCUCAACUCUUUGCUUACAAAGAAGAAGAAGAGAGUGAAGAAGGAGAGACAUCAGGACUAAUGGAGAUAGGAGCUCCGACAAACGUAAAACAUGUAUCGCAUAUUGGUUGGGAAAGCAGUAGAGAAUGGAAAGAUCUCAUACCGCCUGAGUUGCUCGCAGCCGUCGCUGCAAAAGAAGACGUUAUUAAUAAUACUGAUCUUCAUCCAACUUUAUAAUUCACUCCUUCUAUUUAAAUUUAUUUUAUGUUCUUGUACACGAAACGAAACAUACUUAAAUACAUAUAUGGCCGAUAUGGCGAAUAUCUCUGAUCUAUAAAACAAUGCAUGAUGAUAUGCCGUAUACUAUUAUUGGAGUAUUAGUAUAUAUCUGAAUGUGUUUGGAUAUUGUUAAUAGUAAGAUAUGAGCAUGAUACGUAAGCAGAUGAAUGUUAUAAAGUAAUAAAAUAAAACAAAAGCACUUGGAACGUUCAAAA